AUGUGCCGAAACAAUACACCAAAAGACACAAUCACUGUCCAGAAAGCACCACGACGACAGAAGUCUUCUCGGUUUUACGUCUAUCAAAACGUCGAGCUCGAAAUGUACCCCAACUUUCAUGAGGUUCCGCCAGCUCAGCGAUACGAGCUGCUCGUCAGAAAGUUGGCUCAGUGCCAGAUUCUAUUCGAUUUCAACGAUGCAUCAUCGGAUCUGAAGAACAAGGAAAUCAAGCGCUGUGCGCUACAAGAGAUUCUGGAAUAUAUUUCAACCACAAGGGGUACCAUCAUCGAUACGAUAUACGUCGACAUCGUUCGCAUGUUUGCCAUCAAUCUCUUUAGAACCAUACCGCCACCACAGAUAGCCCCUGGCGCUGAAGGCUUCGACCUGGAAGCGGAUGAACCUGCAUUCGAAACCGCUUGGCCACACAUCCGACUAGUAUACGAGAUUUUCUUACGGUUCCUCGAGUCCCCGGAUUUCAAUACCCAUGCUGCCAAAAAGCUUAUUGAUCAGAAGUUUGUUAUCCAGCUUUUAGAGCUCUUUGACAGUGAGGACCCGCGUGAGCGAGAUUUUCUCAAGACGAUACUACAUCGCGUAUAUGGGAAAUUCCUCAACCUCAGGGCAUUUAUUAGACGAUCCAUCAACCACAUUUUCUUCCAAUAUAUCUACGAGACGGAACGAUUUAACGGAAUUGCCGAGUUUCUCGAGAUCUUGGGAAGUAUCAUCAACGGCUUCGCUCUGCCUUUAAAGGAAGAGCACAAAACAUUCUUGUCGCGGGUGCUGAUUCCACUACACAAACCAGCCGGCCUUGCCAUGUAUCAUCCCCAAUUGGAUUACUGCGUUGUUCAGUUUCUGGAAAAAGACCCCUCAUUAACUGCCGAGGUUGUUCAUGGUAUUCUACGCUACUGGCCCAAGAUCAACAGUGCCAAAGAGGUUAUAUUCCUCAAUGAACUGGAAAACAUUCUAGAUGUGACAGACUCAGUGGAACUAUCAAAGGUGUUGGAGCCUUUAUUCCAGCGAUUGGCUCAAUGCGUAGCUAGCACGCAUUUCCAGGUUGCAGAGCGGGCUCUGUACUACUGGAGCAACGACUAUAUCGUAUCACUGAUUAACAAUAACAUUGAAAUUAUUAUGCCCAUCUUAUUUCCAUCGUUAUAUAAUCACGCAAAAACACACUGGAACAGGACUAUUCAAGGAUUGGUUUAUACAGCCUUGAAGAUGUUCAUGGCGGCAGAUCCAGUACUAUUUGACGAAUGCGCUCGCAAGUUUAGAGAAGAUGAAGAAGAAGAGUAA